GUGAAGAUGUCGGCAUCCAAUGCACGGGAGCUUCUCCUGGUCUUCCUUCCCUUGCCAGAGCCAAAACAAGCAAUUGACUCGAUUCGCCAGCAGUUUCCUACUCUAGAAGUGGUCUUCCUCGAGGUCCCCCCUGGUACCUCUCAAGUCACCAAUGAUGUUAUUCCUUCUGACUUACUUGAGAGGGCAACCAUUAUGACCACAGCUUUUGGCAUUGUGCCGCAUCCCAAUCAAACACCCCAGCUGAAGUAUUUGCACUCUUUCUCGGCGGGAGUGGAUCAUCUGAUUGGCCAUCCGAUCUUUCGCGACACCAACAUCCGAAUGUCCACAAGCUCGGGGAUCCACGGACCGCCGAUCGCAGAAUGGGUGGUUAUGAAUUGGCUUGUAUACUCCAGGAUGUAUACAAAAAUAUUAGAGGCCAGGAGUCAGCACCGCUGGUUGACAUUCAAGGAAGUGAGACAAUGGGAGGUUGAUGACCAUGUGGGCCAAACUGUCGGCAUUCUAGGGUAUGGGAGUAUUGGCCGCCAAAUUGCUCGCGCUGCAUCUGGUCUGGGUAUGAGAGUCGUGGUAUACACAGCACAGCCAAGGCUGACGGCAGAGUCGCGAAGGGAUACUGGAUUUAUAAUCCCAGGGACCGGAGAUCCAGAUGGCCUCAUACCUGAAGCCUGGUAUAGCGGGCGCGACAAAUCAUCCCUUCAUGCUUUCCUGGCUCAGGGUUUAGACCACCUGGUGGUUAGUCUUCCUUUGAACGCGGCCACCACCAACCUUAUAGGUAAAGAGGAGUUGGACAUCUUUUCCGCACACUGCAAGUCUAGUCGGAAGCCCUUUUUAACGAACAUAUCGCGAGGCAAAGUAAUUGACCAAGAUGCCCUGCUAUCGGCACUGCAGUCAGAGGUGGUGGGAGGUGCUGCUUUGGAUGUGACUGAUCCUGAGCCUCUGCCAGUGGAACACCCACUCUGGGAGCAGCCAAAUGUGUACAUCGGUUCACAUAUGAGUGCAUUUGGGAAGCGGUACUGGGAACGCUCACUAGAGAUUCUACGCCUCAAUUUGACUCGUAUACACGAAGGAAAGGAGUUGAUCAACGAGUAUCAUAGGUGA